UCUGCGGCGGAAGCCGAUCCACGGCAGUGAGACGAAGGGCAGCGGUCAUCCGCGAGAGGAACCGAAGCAGCAGCCUUCGCUUUCGUUACCCUUUUUAACCUCCGACGACGAAGCGGGAGGAAGAGAUGCUUAUCCCAAGGAGCAGCAGCUGCUGCGCCCGUGCGCUUCGUCUAUCCACCCACCACCACGCCAUCCACAUGGCCGUCCCCUCCCUUCUCUCCUCCUUUUGCCAUCUUUUCCCCCGCGGUCACGGUUUCAAACCCUUCCCCCAAUUCCUCUCAUCUUCUUGCUCCGCUUCCCCUCUCUCUUCUCUUUCCUCCGUCCCCUCCCCCAAGCCCAACAAGAGGGUCAAGACACUGGUCGCUGCAGCUCUGCUCGAGAUCGGCGGCGUCAAGAUCGCCAAAGAUGACGUGGUGCGAGAGAGCGAUCCCACGAACAAUGUGCCUGACAAUAUCUUCUCCAAGAUCGGUUUGCAGCUCCACCGGAGAGAUACUCAUCCGAUUGGGAUCUUGAAGAAUGCCAUCUAUGAUUACUUCGACACUAAUUACGCCUCCAAGUUCGUCAAAUUUGACGAUCUUUGUCCCAUUGUUUCCGUGCAGCAGAACUUCGAUGAGGUUUUGGUGCCUGCUGAUCAUGUAAGCAGGAGUUAUAAUGAUACAUACUAUGUUAAUGCGGACACCGUCUUAAGGUGCCAUACAAGUGCUCAUCAGGCAGAGCUACUGAGGGAAGGACACAGCCAUUUUCUUGUAACCGGGGAUGUCUAUCGUAGAGACUCCAUUGAUUCAACUCAUUAUCCUGUGUUUCAUCAGAUGGAAGGGGUUCGCAUCUUCUCUCCCGACGAGUGGAAGGAUUCUGGAACCGAUGCAACAUCUUAUGCGGCCAUGGAUUUGAAGAAAUGUCUUGAGGGUUUGGCAAGGCAUCUUUUUGGUGCUGUGGAGAUGCGGUGGGUUGAUACUUAUUUUCCAUUCACCAAUCCAUCAUUUGAGUUAGAGAUUUAUUUCCAGGAGAAUUGGAUGGAAGUGUUAGGGUGUGGAGUGACCGAACAAGACAUACUCACAAGAAAUGGUAGGAAGGACUCUGUUGCAUGGGCAUUCGGGCUUGGGUUAGAAAGACUUGCGAUGGUUCUCUUUGAUAUACCAGAUAUUAGGCUUUUCUGGUCCACAGAUCAGCGGUUUACAUCACAAUUCUCAGAGGGCAAGCUUGGUGUUAAGUUCAAACCAUUUUCGAAGUUUCCUCCCUGUUAUAAGGAUAUUAGUUUUUGGAUCAGUGAUUCCUUCACCGAGAACAACUUAUGUGAAGUUGUUCGAGGAGUUGCCGGGGAUCUUGUAGAGGAGGUGAAGUUGAUCGACAAUUUCACCAACAAGAAGGGUAUGACUA